GUGUUCUUCAUCCAUGGAUUGUUGUGGUUUCAAUUGUUUCAAACGCACCUACCACCUUACGAAAGAUAUACGUCCCUGCCGAAACCCCCAAUCAACGCCCAGCCCAUGCGAAUCACGAUCCAUGGCUGGGCGUCGCCCCAUACAGACACAGCCCGGUAGCCUGCAGGGCUGCCGGGUCAUCACAUAAUAACACAAAUAAUCCGUCUUAUGCCUGAGCACGCUUAUUACUGAUGCUCCUUGUGGCAAAUCAUCGCCGAGAGCCCAUAUCCAUCCCAGUGUCUUUUUUUAAAAUCUUGUUUUCAUAUUCUACACUACUCAUCGUCUUCACAAUGCCGCGGCGAUCUCUCCGUCCUCGAGCUGCUCUAACAGAAGAUGUCUCUCCCAGCUCGCCCACAGCUACUUCAUCACGGCCGCGACGUGCAGCAGCAGCGGCAGUAGCUGCCAGUAAUACUACCAGCCCAACGACCGGCCGACACGAGAGUUCGUCUCCCGAAGAUCCCAAAAAGACAAUCCGAUUGACCGUCAACAUGUCGUCUAAAGCUCGAGGUGCGAUGGAUUUGAAGCGAACACGCGACAGCUUUACACCGGGCGAGAUUGUGACGGGACCGCGGGGGAGUCGCGCAAAGCGCCCCAUUAUCGAGGACAGCGGCAGCGAGGACGAAGACGACGACGAUGAGGUUGAAGAGGAAGACGAGGUCGGCGACGAGGAUGCUGAGGGUGAAAGUGACGAUGUACAAGAAGACACGGAAAUGGACGAUGCUCCUCCCCCGCCCCCCGUCAUCAAGAGAAUGACGGCUCCUUCGUCAGGGAAGCCGGCGUUGACAGUGACGCCCGCGGACUCUGGCAAAGUAAAGAGCGUGGAGGCAAAGGAAAUGGAUUUAGAUGACGAUGACGACGACGAAGAAUUAUCUGAUAUUGAGUCUGACGAGGAAGACGAGGAGGGUAACGAGGAGGAAGAAGGCGAAGGUGGAGGUGAGGGAGAAGAAGAGGACGAGGAGGAGGAGGAGGAGGAAGAAGAGGAGGAAGAGGAAGAAGAGGACGAAGAAGGUGAAGAAGCGGAGAGCGGUGACGAUGAGACGCCCAUGUCUGGCAGUCGGGCCAGCACGCCGGAUUACAGCAGAAUGACCAAACGGCAACGAAGCCGACUAGACGAGGUCAUGAAUGCGGACUUGUUGGCGUUGCCAUCUGAAAGCAAAGUGAAAAAGCACCUCACGGCAGAAGAACACGCCAUGCGCAGAGCCGAAAUGGCGCGUCGGCGAAAGAAUCUCAGCGAAAAGCGCAACGAAGAGGAAAAGAUGGACACCAUAAAUCGUCUUCUCAAAAAGCAAGCCCCCAAACGCCGCGGCAAGGCCGCAGCAACCGUCACUGAAACCGCCAGCGGAGCAGCAGGCAACGUGACACCCAGUGCUGCCGCUGCCGCUGCGCAGGAAGUCAUCCCCGAGAAACCAAAGCCCCAUCUCGUCCGCUGGGUCAAUUCCCGUGACGGAAGCAGAGUCGGCGUGCCCCAGGAAUGGCUCAAUGCACCAGUAGGAACAGUAUUUGCUGCUGGCCAGGGAAAUGGAAAAAUAGUUCAAGAGGUGUCUUGAUUUCUGUUUCUUUUCUAUUCAUUAAUUCUAUCCUUCCUGUCUUCCGGGUUAAUCACUUAUUUCUUUCUCCCUUUCUUUCCCCUACCGUUUUCUGUUUCAUCCUUGCUUCUUUUCCCCUUUCUUUCCCCUGCUGUUUUCUCUUUCCGUUCUUGCUUCUUCUCUAUUCAUCUCGGAUGUUCAUCUUGAUCUACGGAUCAUGGCUUAUAGCUUUUUUCUACUAUUUUCAAAAAAUGGGACGGUCGGCGAAUGGAUCGGCGCUUUUGCUCACCUAUUUAUUUAUUUUAUUUCCAUUUC